UAUUAAUUAGAUUGGACUCUGCGGCUCAACACUGACUGAAGCACACACCACGCGUUCUUGCCUUAUCCGUUCAUUGUCGUCCGUCCUGUGAGUAAAACUGAACUGUCGUCAUGGAUGCAUUUUGUGCCACCUGGAAGCUGAUUGACAGCCAGAACUUUGAUGAGUACAUGAAAGCACUGGGUGUUCCCUUCGCUACGAGACAAGUUGGCAAUGUAACCAAGCCGACCGUAGUCAUCAGUCAGGAAGGGGACAAAUUUAUGGUGAAAACCCUCAGCACUUUCAAGAAUACAGAGAUUUCAUUCAAACUUGGGGAAGAGUUUGAAGAGACCACUGCCGACGACAGAAAAGUAAAGGCUGUGAUUAGUAUGGAUGGAGAUAAACUGCUGCAUGUCCAGAAAUGGGAUGGCAAGGAGAGCAAAUUUGUCCGGGAGAUCAAGGACGGGAAAAUGAUCAUGCAUUUGACCUUUGAGGGUGUGGAGGCUGUUCGCACAUACGAGAAGGCAUAAAGUCCAUCAGAAUCUGAGAAACGGCCACUGCUGUGAUGUCCUGCUGACUGAGUAGCCUAUUUGGGUUUGCAUACUCUUUCCUCUGCAGAAUGCAGAUGCAUCGGGAAGUCCUGCAUCUUUUUUUGUUUUUUUAUCAAAUGACAAUGUUGAUGAGUGUUUUGUGAAUUGCAUCUUUUUAUAAUGACUUGUCCAGAAAUGGUCCAUGAGUUAUUUUUAAUAAUUGAAAACGGCAUAUCAAUUCAUAUUUGUAUUGUCUAAAAAUAAACAAGCCUUCUGAUCA